GGAGUGGGGGGGUUCGGGGGCAUGGGAGGGGGGCGCCGACGUGGACCCAGAAGAGGAGAAGACAUGAUUCACCCUCUUAGAGUUUCUUUAGAAGACCUGUACAAUGGCAAGACAAGUAAAUUACAACUCAGUAAAAACAUCAUCUGCAGUAGAUGCCGAGGACAAGGGGGCCGACCAGGCGCUGUCCAGCCCUGCCGCAUAUGUCAAGGUCGUGGAGUCAAGGUCACCAUCCGUCAGCUGGGGCCAGGCAUGGUACAGCAGAUGCAGUCAGUCUGCUCCGACUGUAAUGGAGAGGGAGAGGUGAUCAAUGCUCGUGACCGCUGCACCGCCUGUCAGGGCAAGAAGGUCGUGAAAGAGAGCAAAAUUCUGGAGGUUCACAUCGACAAGGGCAUGAAGAACGGACAACGCAUCACCUUCAGGGGGGAGGGCGACCAACAGCCCGGGGUUGAAGCCGGUGACAUCAUCUUGGUUUUACAAGAGAAGGAUCACGACAGAUUCCGGCGCGACGGUCCCGACCUCUUCCUCACGCACACAGUUGGGCUGACGGAGGCGCUCUGUGGCUUCACGCUCAACGUUAAGCACCUAGACGGGAGAAAUUUGGCUAUUAAAUAUCCUCCAGGUUCUGUCAUAGAACCAGGCUGUAUCCGGGGGGUUGUCGGUGAGGGCAUGCCGAUCUAUAGGAACCCGUUCGAGAAGGGAAACCUGUACAUAAAGUUCGACAUCAAAUUUCCAGAGAAUAACUUUGUUGAUGAAGCAAAAAUGAAGACCCUGGAGGGAUUGCUGCCGCCCCGCCCCACCAUGCCCCACCCCGCGGGGGAUGUGGAGGAGGUGGACCUGAUGGAGUAUGAGUCCACCAGGGGAGCGCCCGGCGCAAACAGCCGCGAAGCCUACGACUCCUCGGACGAUGAGGACGGCCCCAGGGGCGCCAACGUUCAGUGUGCGCAUCAGUAGCCGUGUUGCCAUGCCAACGCAGCUUCUGUACCAGCAUGUACUUAUAGAGCACUUCUUGUACCAGAUGUCAGAAGAGUGGGGAGGGGGGCUGUCGUUAUAGUUAGGCCACAUGGACUUGAUUUUGUGGAGGACUGUCUGUGGAUGCCUUGAUUUUAGCCCAAUCCUAAAAAAUAAAGAAAUUGUUGUCAUUUUAACAGACGGGCAGGGAGCAUAUUUGGGACCCCUUCAUGGAAUCAUCACAGAAUGGGAAAUACAGUCAAACAUUGUGGCCACUCUUUGGUAGUCCCUUAGAUUUACCAGCUUCCUCUAUUUUUCGUAAUUGUCUUGUAACUGAGCAUCUGUCAUGAAAUGUCUACUGCAGACAAAAUUUCCCACCCAAACUCCCACAGAAUUGUACCUAUAAAAUCCAGCUUAUGUGGCCUAGUAACAGUCCAUGCUGCACGUACAUGUAUACAGAUAGUCAGUCUCAUGGCAUCAUGGCUACUGUACUUGUCAUAAUGACAGUUUUAGACCCUCACUUGUGAGUAUACUAGUAAAAUAAAGGCUGCUUAUACAGUUCUGGGGUUGCGAAUGCUUGCAACCCAGCAGACAUGCAUAGACUAGUAUUGUGGGUAAAUAUUUCAGAUUUGCCUAAUGUAUGAGUACAUAAUUACCAUGUACAGUUGUUAAUAAGAAAUAGGUAUCCAUAGAGAAAACUGCUCAGCAGGCAAUGCAAAACAUGUUGUUGACAAGAGUGAGUGAAAUGUCUCAAAAUAGUCCCACUUUCAUGUACACUUAACCACAGUGGUCGCACCUUGGGCUGCACCAAUGCAACGACUUGGUCCUCAGCCUCGCGUUGUCUCAAAUUGUAAUGCAUCAGGGAAGAUUUCAAGCCAUUUGCUGUACUCAUGACAAAUGAAGACAUUGAUUUCUAUUGCGGUAUAUUGUUUUGUGAUAAACUGAUAAUGUAUGUAGUACUUGCCCUCGGAAUGUAUCGGAAACACAUUAACACGUUUGGGAGUUACACGUUAACCCUAAUAGUGGGUCACAAUUCACCUUGUAAUUUUCAAUACUGUAUGUCCAAAAUCUAAGUUAUUAUGUUGAAGUGGCCUUAACAGAUUUUGUUUAUAUAUUGACUAAGUCUUAUUGUCUGUAAUCUCUGUCUUGGGUAUAGCCUGUGGUCAGAUUUAUAGAACCUACAUGUAUAUGUACAUGUUCAUUACUUUAAAAGAUUGAUUUUCAAAACUGAAUGCAUGGUACAUGGUAACCAUUCCCAUGGUGAUGUAUUUCUAUGUUUGUCCCCAUGUUGUGCUUAGUUACCCUACAGGAUGGCUCAUAUUUGAGAAGCAUUAUGGUUAUAAUAGCUGCUUUUUCUUGAUCCGUUACACUGAUAUCAUAAUUUUUUAUGCCAGUCAAAAUAGAUAAUACAUUAACGUCACCAAUGUUUGCUUAUUCUUUCAUACACUCAAUUACUUCCCAUUGCUAAAAUGUUCUAUACAAUAUUUUUCACAGUUUGUACUUGUACUCAGAUCUCAACAUAAACUUUAUGCAACUUUGUGUAAAUGCAAAUUCCACUGUUCCAUCAUUGUGUUUUUUGUGUGUAUCUGUGAGGACCAGGAAUAGUAUUGGAGUGGCCCAAAGGAUUUCUGCAGAAAUGGGGAACAUACAUGUAGUGUCUGAACUGUGUACAAAUGUAUGAGUUGAGUCAAGUAUCAUUGCAUCUUAUUGUACACCAAUAAUUCAGGGGAAAAGUUAUUACAUUGACGUUAUUGUACUUUUGUUGUUAUGAUAGAAAGUAGGCUAAGUUUAACUUAACAUUGUUUUCCUUGACA